CCUCGCCGUUGGGGUGGGAGGCAGGAAAGGGCCAGCGGCCGAAGGUGACGCUGAGGCGGCUGAGGUGCUGGGAGGCGAACCCUCCUCAGCGCUUUGGGCGGCGCUCCCCUUUCGUCUGUGCGGUGAAUGGCGGCGGGAUGGAGCGCGAGGGGAGCGGCGGCAGCAGCGGGGGCUCGGCCGGGCUCCUGCAGCAGAUCCUCAGCCUGAAGCUCGUGCCGCGAGUGGGCAACGGGACCCUGUGCCCCAACUCCACUUCGCUCUGCUCCUUCCCAGAGAUGUGGUACGGGGUGUUCCUGUGGGCACUGGUGUCUUCGCUCUUCUUCCAUGUCCCUGCUGGAUUACUGGCCCUCUUCACCCUCAGACGUCACAAAUAUGGUAGGUUCAUGUCUGUAAGCAUCCUGUUGAUGGGCAUCGUGGGACCAAUUACUGCUGGAAUCUUGACAAGUGCAGCAAUUGCUGGAGUUUACCGAGCAGCCGGGAAGGAAAUGAUACCGUUUGAAGCCCUCACGCUGGGCACGGGACAGACUUUCUGUGUGGUGGUAGUCUCCUUCCUGCGGAUUUUAGCGACUCUAUAGCAUAUACCCUUUGCUGUAAUGUGGAAACAGUUUCUUAGAGCCCUCAGAAAAAAACAAAACAAAACACCAAGUGGGAUGUUUCAAAUAGGAGCCGCAUGGACAAGCCGCAUGGACGAGCCGGAGUGUGAGAACCAGCAUCCAGCCCUGUCUUGGGUUUGACGCACCAGAGACUGAGAUCUUUGCCGAGUCUUGUCAUUCUGCACUAGAGCAGGACAAGUUUCCUGGCAUUUUUUUUUUUCAGAUAUUAAUUUAAGUGGCUUAAUACACUGUACCUUUCCAAAAGGCAGGCCAACCGUGUCACUGGGUCAGCGUCCCUUGCACUCUUGAAAUUUACAAUAUUCUGUGAGAAAAUGCAGUGUCUCAUACUUGAUAGAAACUAUGGAAAACGCUAGUUUAUUUCAAGUGAGCAGAGUAUGCUGUACUACAAGCCUAACUGAUCUAAUCUUGAUUAAAAUUUGGCAAACUUUUCUUUUGUUACAUCUCAUGACAGUAAAUGCCAGGUUUUCGUUGAGGACAGCUUUGAGAACAAGUAUGAUAAAAUAUAGUAGGAAAAAAAAUCACAGUGUAACCCAAGGAGUGGCUUUGGUUCCACUGUUGGAGGACAAAAUAGGUAGCUGUUGAAUAAUGUGACAUUUUGUGGAUAACUAUCCUGACCUCCAAUUAUUUAAUAUAUAUUAAAAGAUGUGAAUUUGUUGUCUUGUACAUUUUAUCAAACUAAGCUUGCCAGUGGAGACCUAUAUUUUAGAAUUUCUGUAUUGCUUUUUCCUAGCACGUUUACUUCUUUUAAGUUUAUUUAGUUUAACUCGACACGUACCCGUAUUAACUGGGUUGUUUAAAAAUUUAAGCCAGAUUUAUUAAGAUGCUUAUUAGAUAUUGAGGCACAAAUAAGAUACUUCAUGAACAUUUUCUGACACUU